AUGGAGGUUAGAUUUCUCAUGCUUAGUUACACUGCAUGUUAUUGGUGCUUGCCAUCAUGUCUGAAGCGUUAUACUGAUCCAUCAUUCUUUAAAAUGGAGUCAGCUUCAUCUGUAAGAGCCAUUGUACAAGUCCACAGGGAAAGAAGAAUUCGUAAAGUCAAGAAGAAAGGAGCGCGGCUAAGGGACGGUGAAACUCCUAAUGUUGUACCAACACAUUCAAAAUUACAUCAGCUGCUUCUUGAGGAACGUAUUGAGAAUGGUUAUAGUAAUCCAGCUCGCCUAGUGAAGCUGAAGAAAAGACAAUUGAAUGGACCUGCUGUCGAAGCAAAAUCUGGGAAAAGUUACAUGGAGAAAUUUCUAGAAACUCCCUCGCCUGAUCCGAAAAUGAUUUAUGAAACUUCAAUCUUUCCGCUGUCAGUGAAACCGGCACCAGAUGAACAUGUUGUACUCUACUGUUGUCAUAAACAAGUUCUACAGUUGUUGUAUUUUACUGCUGUCAUGAACAUGUUGUUUUGA